AUGGUUGGAAGUGCUCUCGUGGAAGUAUGUGGAAGUAUAAUUUUUGGAUUGACACGCAGUGUAGCUGAACAUUACGACCCAAACUGCGUCGAGUUUGAUCCAGAAACUUUCGGUUUUCAUCUUCUGGAAAGCACUGGCUUAGAAUGGAACAGUCAUCCCGUUGACGAGUUUAUUUUCCAAGAGUACGGUGACAGAGAAGUCCGCAGAAGUGCUGUUCAACGCAUUUCAGACGCUUGCUCGCCAGAAGACAAUGAUGACUCACAGGACGAACAAGAAACCAGAGCAAUGGAGUGGAAGAAAUUCAGACCUUCGAAAAUACGUACACUUUGGCAUUCAAUGUACUUUGGUUUCCUUAUUUCCAUAUUGGCUGCGACCCUGAUUGGAACGUUCUCUAUUUUUGUGUAUUAUGUUGCCUAUCAAGUCAUAUUGGUUUGCCUGGCUCGACCGAAGGACUCCGUACCAGCAAACAUCCAGUGGUCGAAAACCAUUUCUGUGGGCAUAGCAAUCAUUUUUGAUCAUCUUUGGUUUUUUGCUAAUACUUUAUUUUUCUUUAGAUCCUAUCAAAUCAUAGGACUGAAAAGGAAACUUUUCCUGGUAUCGGUCGUUUUUUACGUUUUAGAUGCUGCUUAUCGCAUUUCUCUUCAGGCCCUCGGUAUUUCUUCAUCACAGUUAACGCGUGUGCAAAGAAUCCCUGGAAAUAUUUUAUUUUCGUUUAGUAUCGGCGUGCAAUCCUGGGUUCUUGCUAAGCAUUUUUUUCGAGCUGUCGUCGGACCAAGAAAACUAACGUUUCUGUGGAUGAUAGGAUCUUGCGCUUUGACUUUUGCUGUAGCUAUACUGGUUUCUUACUUCAUUUAUCCAGCGUAUAACAAGCAAGACAAAACAGGUAAAAUCUAUAUUGCUGUGUUCACCCCUCUGAUAACGGUUGUUUUGAAAGGUUCAUCACGCCUUUGCGUGCAGCGUUUAUGGAGAAUAAGUCAUCCAGGAACGUCGUUUCUGUUGCUUGUGCCUCUCUAUUAUGGGUCGGCUGUCAUGUUAAGAGUUUUGCAAGUGGAUCUGAAUACUUUAAAAUCCGUGGCUUUGAUCGGAAUAAUCCAUGGUAUUGCAGAGGUUAUAGAGAGAAGCAUCGUUGUAUUGAUUGACUACAUUAACCAUCAGAUUUGUGAAAGACGACGCAUUUCUUGGGGAAGUUUUCGCACUCCUCGACGUGAGAGAUUAGCGACAGACAUCGUCAUAAUGAGUAUGCUGUGUGAGGCGAGCGCUGUUAUCUCCGUGAACGGCUUUCUUCACUUGCAUGAAUAUUUUUACACUGACGGCAAAACAGUACUGGAGUUGGUUCAGUCGUUUGCGAUCACCACAACAGUUCCACUGGUUAUAGAGUGGUUCUUCACGUGUUUAAGUAUGGCUAUCGAGACUCGAUAUCAGAACAGGCCAAUUAUGGCAGUCUGGCGAAGGCAAUGGAAAAGGCACAUAACUGUUGCAAUUGUGAAUGCAUUGCCGAUAGCGAUUUGGACAAGCACAAGCCUGUUGAUCGCUAUAAAGGGAAGAUUCCCUAAAGAGAGAGAUUACUGUGAAUUGCCAUUUACUCAUCCUUGA